AUGGCCACUGACGAGAGCCUAAACCCAAAGCCUCCCUCUGCUCACCGACCCCCGCUAAGGAGCCGGAACAAGCCAGACAAAUUAAGCAUCUACAACAGCAUUGCACCUCCUGACACUGUAACAUGGGUUCCCCAGGUCUUGCCUGAAGCAGAGGCCUUGGCUCAGAAGGAGGAUUUGGUUCUCUGGCCUUCAAUGGUUGUCAUUCACAAUAUUUCCAUGGCAAAUAACAAUCCUCAAGAACAGAAAGUUGUUCCAAUCGAAGGGGUGCAGGCUUUUCUGAGUGAUAAAGGCUUUGUUGGGGGGAAAAUCACCGUGUGCCUAGGGAGAUCUGCAGACCAAAGUAUUAUGGUGGUGAAGUUCUUAGGCACGUUUACCGGACUGGCAACGGCAGAGAGACUUCACAAAUAUUUUGUGGAGAACAAGCAUGGGAGAAUCGAAUUUACAUCAAAAAAUAAUGGCGAAAAUAGCAUUGAGGAAAUGGGUGACAAUCUGGAGGAGCAGCUUCUUUAUGGUUAUAUGGCAAUUUCAGAGGACUUGGACAAACUUGAUUUUCAUAACAGGAAAUGGAGUGUGGUAAAGAGCAAGAAGGAGAUCCUUGACUUGGCUAAUGAUCCUGUCAAGACUGAUGAAAGGUAGCUGUUUAUAAAUAUGUAAGAAGCUUGUUU